UGAUCAGCUGCGGGAGCAAAGCGGAGCGGACGGGCUGCCGCUGCAGCGGGACUGAAAAGAGUUUUUUGUUUUGUUUAAUUUCACCUUCCGCUUCUUUUGAUCUCUGAUUUUAUUCUCCAUCUCUUUAAACAGUCUUUCUGUUCAUCAAACAGGCCGGACAGCUGUGAUUCCGAUUAAAGGACCAGUUUAGGUUUUCUCUUCCAGAUGUGUUGAAAAACGUCACAAGAAUGAACAGAAUGUCUGAUAUUCCCUAUGAAAAGAUGGCGGAUGUGGAGAGGAGUAAUGUGGAGUCUCACCUGAAACCUCAGAAGUAUUACAGGUGUUUGCUGAUCGUUACCUGUCUCUCCCUGGUGCUGCUGGUGCUGUUUGUCCUUCAAACUCUCCUGGUUCCCACGGCUACCUCCUCAUCCGGGCUGAAGGUGCACCUGCCCAUCAGGGACACCUGUACUGACCCCUGCAGAAUAGUUUUGGUGGAGAGCAUUCCGGAGGGUCUGGAGUUUAACUCCUCCGUCGCCCAUCCCUCCGUCUAUCAGACCUGGCUCAACCUCAUCUCAGACGCUCAGAGCAGCCUGGACAUCGCCUCCUUCUACUGGACUCUGACCAAUAAGGACACGGGCACGCACGAGCCCACAGCCAGUCAGGGAGAGAGGAUUCUUCAAGAGCUCGCUCAGCUUUCAGGGAGAAUAUCUGUGCGAAUCGCUGUGAACAAGCAGGACUCUCAACCCCAAGAUGAUCUGCAGCUCCUCAUCAACUCAGGUGCUGAUGUGAGGACGGUGAACAUGCGGGAGUUAACCUCCGGUGUGCUGCACACAAAGUUCUGGGUGGUGGAUAAGAAGCACAUUUACAUUGGCAGUGCUAACAUGGACUGGAGGUCUUUAACACAGGUGAAGGAGCUUGGAGCGGUGGUGUAUGACUGCAGCUGCCUGGCCAGUGACCUGGGCAAAAUCUUUGAAGCCUAUUGGUUCCUGGGUCAGAGUCAGACCAUCCCCGCACCUUGGCCCAGCCAGUACACCACAGCCUACAACAAGGACACACCCAUGCAGCUGUCACUCAACGGCACGGACUCCAGGGUCUACCUGUCGAGUUCUCCCCCAUCUCUGUGUGCUGAGGGCAGGACUUCUGACAUUCAGUCCAUUCUGAGUGUAAUUGAUGACGCCCAGAAGUUUGUCUACAUCGCCGUGAUGAACUACCUGCCCACCAUGGAGUACUCCACCCCGAAAAAGUACUGGGCUGAUAUCGACACGGCGCUGAGGCAGGUGGCGUUUGAGCGGAGGGUUCGUGUCCGUUUGCUGAUCAGCUGUUGGAGCAGCUCCUCUCCGGUCAUGUUCCCUUUCCUCCGCUCACUCGCCUCAUUACAGGACAAGAGCAAACUGGACAUCGAGGUGAAAAUCUUCAUUGUUCCUGUCAGUCCGAGUCAAAAGGAAAUUCCCUACGCUCGAGUGAACCAUAACAAGUACAUGGUGACUGACAAGGUUGCUUACAUAGGAACGUCUAACUGGUCUGGGGAUUAUUUCGUGAACACGGCUGGUUCUGCUCUGGUGGUGAAUCAGACUUCGGCCCAGUCUGCGGCUCUGACGGUCCAGCAGCAGCUCCAGGCUGUGUUUGAGAGAGACUGGGAUUCUUCAUACAGCACUCGGCUCAGCCACGACUCCAACGUCAAGGACAUAUGCAGAAUCCCGCGCAGCCAGCAGGAGGAGCUGUAGGCAGCAGUUUCAUCGUGACUGGUCGGCCUUGUGGCUACCCAUUAUUCGUUUCCUGCCCGAUUUGUAGCGCGCAUGCAUACGGUACAUUAUAUUUACAUGCACUACCCGAUCCAUGCUGCACGCCGGAGCAUUUGCAGAUCUGUAAUGAAAUGAUAGGUUCCCAACACUUUUUACGUCUGUAAUUUAAUCUCUUCCAUGCUGGAUUAGUAUGUUAUGCUACCUGCUAUGGAUAAAACACCUCUCUUUAAGGUUUGUUUAUCUUCCUGAGGGGUUUUGCCUUUAGCAUGGUUGCGAUAGCAUAAAAAACUAAAGCAAAAUAUAGACGUUUUCACGCUAAAACAGAAUUAAAACAGCGCUGAGCAUUUAUACCUCUCGUCUCCCUGUGCUCUAAGCUGAAUGCCUUUUCACCCACAGAGCCUGUUUACACCUCGCAUUAACAUGUGUUGCUUGUCCAGAUCGUAUCUGUAUAAACUUUGUCCUUUUACCUUUUUAAUUCAUCCUCAGUGUGACCAGAAGAGAUCUGACCGGGGCUCCCAAUCGUCCCUACCGUCUUCAGCAUUGUCCCUGUCAUCAGGAGAUCGCGAGUUCGAUCCCUGGUGAUGCUACAGCCAUCCAUUGCUGGGAGUCCAAGAGAGCACAGUUGUCCUCUCUCUCUCUCUCUCUGGGUGGGCAGGAUGGCCCUCCGUCUCCCCCCAUCACUUAUGCUAGUCAGCACAGGCGUCUGUUAGCUGACGUAACAGAUUUGGUGGUUAGUGUUUUCCUCCAAGCGCGUUCAGCUGUCCAAUGACGCUGCCUUAGUGCCAGGUUGGAAAGAUGUGGUGGAGCUUCAUAGGACCCUGAGGAAGCCUAUGUUUCCCUUCACCUUCCUAGAGCUGGAGGUAGCGUGGGACUGGGGGAGUCUUAACUAGUGGGUGGAACUGGAUACAACUAAAUUAGGGAGAAAAAUGGGGGAAAUAUAAUA